AUGUUGUUGGUCCAGCAAGAAGAAGAAGAAGGACAGGAAGAAAACGUCUGUCUGGAAAAACCCGAUGCGUUCAUCUCUCAUGCUCACGACCUUCUCUUUGAGGAUCUGAUCAGUGCAUUGGCAUGGCACUUUCGAAACGAAGCGAAUGCGUAUGUUUGGCUGGAUCUCUUUUCCAUCAACCAACACGAGACAAUGGAAUGGACCUUUGAAUGGUUGACUUCCACAUUCCGGAACAAUCUGGCAGAAAUCAAUCGAACCGUCUAUGGUCAUGAGUCCAUGGAACAAUCCACUUCCGUAUACUCGCGCCUGGUGCGUAUUUGA